AUGAGUGUUAAAAUAAAUUAUGCAAGAAUUAAUAGACGUGUUAUAGCAUAUGCAGUUGACCAAACAACGUUUUUUUUAGUUUUUGCGUUAUUUUUUGAUAUUAUUUUUUCUGGCAUAACUUUGAUGCAAGAUGAGGUGUUAGUAGAUCUAGUGUAUCUAAUAUUAGGAGAACUAAUAUAUGUGAUAUUAGAAGUAGUAAUGAUAAUAAAACUUGGCUGGACUCCAGUGUGGAUGCCUUCGUGCAUUUCUAUAUGGUUUUCCAUUUUACCAAUAUUGGUUUUAAUACCUGCAAUCUUUGAUCAGCGUAAGCAGUUUUUUCAUGAUAAAAUUGCAAAAACAGUUGUGAUGGAUUGUCAUAAACCUGAAGAAUCUCACUUAAAUGAGGGUAAAAUGGGUAUAGAUCACACUAAUGAUAUAACUAAAAAAAAUAGUAUUGUUCAGUUACUAAAGUCUGGUGUUUUAAAGCAAGGCGGUAAAAUUGAUUAUGCUGAAGCAAGUAGAUUAAUAAAUGCGCUGUCAAGAGAUGAUGCAGUUGAACUCCAUCGUUCAAAGCGAAGCAAAAAAGGUCAGUCCAAUCGUUGGGGUGAUUUAAUAUUAUAUAUACGGCGUGUAUGUAAUGAGAAAAAUACGAAGAAAAAUAGGAAGGCAGCCAAGGAUAUAGUAGAGGGGAUUGUAGAUUAUCUUGAUGAUUAUGAGGAUAACCUUUACAACAAAACGCUACAAGAAGCUACUACUCAAAGUAGUCAAACAUUGAUGUCUCUAGAACAGCUUAACUUAGAGCUAAUUAAUGCUGUAAAACAAUCUAAUUUUAAUAAGGUUAAAGAGUAUAUUGAUAAGGGAGCUGAUGUAAAUACUAAAGACAAUCGUGGUAAGACACCUUUGCAUAUCGCUGCUAAGAGAGAUCUUUUAGGCAUAGCAAAGCUUCUAUUGGAUAAAGGUGCUAAUGUCAAUGCUCAAGAAAAUAGAUUUGGUAGAACGUCUUUACAUUUAGCUGCUGAAGAGGGUCAUUUAGAUAUAAUCAAAUACCUUAUAGAGAAAGGUGCUGAUGUUGAUGCUUACCAAGGUGGGUGGAGUUAUAGCACUGCUCUUCACUUCGCUGCAGAAAAUGGUCACUUAGAUGUAGUAAAAUAUCUUAUAGAGAAGGGUGCUAACCCCAAAGCUACUGAUAGUGAUGGCAAGAUUCCUAUGCAAAGGGCUAUUCAAAAUGGUCACUUAGAUGUAGUUGGAUGCCUUAUGAAGACAGAAGGACAACAGAUGACAGCAGAAAUGCUACAGGUCAUAGAAGGACAAAAUAUUACAACGGCAAUACCACAAAUUACA